AUGUCCGGCCUACCUAUUCCUUGGAUCUGCUUCCAGUGCGGAACGGACAACCCUUGUCAUUGCAAAGUCGUAGGCCCUACCAUUGCCUUCGGAGUUACGAUUGUUUUGGCGGUGAUUUGCUGGCCUGCUUCACUCUUUUGCGGCUGCUGCGCCACAGAACGAGGAAAGAAAGCGCUUGGAGCUCCCGUGGAAAUGAGCGCAAAAGUUAAAGAUGCAAUACCAAUAUGA